CCAUAGGCGGGAAAGAGAGAUUCAGAAUUCACAAGAACUCAGAAGAGAGAGAGAGAGAGAGAGAGAGAGAGACGCCCAUCACAGCCGGAGAUGAAAGCCACUGGCCGCCGUCGUCCGAAGGACUCUAUCCGCCCACCGCCACCACCAGCUCCCUCCGUCGACCACCACCGCCAAUUCAGCCGCGACUCUGACGCUAGUUUCGCCAGCAGCCGCCCUUCCUCCCUUGGAAUCAACCGCUCCUCCGCCGGCGAUGCCCUCACCGACCGGUCCUACCAACUCUCCGCCAUCCGCACCAUCAACUCCUUUCUCGCCUCCCAUUCCUCUCCUCUCUCCCUCAAACCCCCUCUCCCCUCCGCCAAAGACAUUUCCGAAACCCUAAAAUUCCUCAUAUCCCAACUCGAUUUCCCCACAACCAAACUUGAAGACGAUCUUCCUAUCCUCCUCAAGCACCUCAAUUGUCCGAUCAAGCUCAACAAGUCCGCUCUCAAAGCCCCCGGAACCCCACAUGCUUGGCCUCCCCUUUUAGGCGUAAUGCAUUGGUUGGUUCAGAUCGCAUUGUAUAAUGACCAUCUUGUGUCGAAUUUGCAGUGUUUUGACAAUACUUUUGUGUAUGCAUUGGAUAGUUACUUGCAUUAUAUUCGCGGGGAUGAUGAUGGGAUGGAGGCGGUGGAUAGGGAGUUUAUGGGGAAGUUGGAAAAGGAGAGGGACGCGGUGGCGGAAGGUGUGAAGGCAUUGGAGAAAGAGGUGGCAGAGAGGGAGGGGAGGUUGGAGGAAUUGAGGUCGGGGCCUUCGGCAAAGGAGGUUGUGGAGAAGGUGAGGGGGGUGUUGGAGGAGGAUGUGAAGAAAUUUCAUGCAAUAAUUGCAGAAUUUUCAGGAAGGAUUGCAUCAGUGGAGAAGAUUUUGGAGGAGAAGGAAAAGGAGUUGGGGGUGAAGGUUGAGGAGAAUAAUAGAAUUUGCGAGGAGAAUGAAGAGCUGAAGAAGAGGGUUGAGUUGCAGACGUUUAAUGCAAGAGAUGCAGAGAGGAUGAAGAGGGAGUUGCAGGCAGUCGAGAGAGAUAUCACGGAGGCUGAGGUUGCAAGGAAUGGUUGGGAGGAGAAGUCUUGGGAUCUUGACACGACAAUUGGGCACAAGUUUAAGGAGCUUGAAGCUCUUUCAAUUGAAUGCAACCAGGCUCUCAGGAGGUUAAAGUUAGGAAAUGGUUUGCAGUAUGUGUUGAAUGCCAAAGGGUCUUCGCCUACUGAGGUUUUGGGAAUUGAUUACAAAUCAGCGCUUAAGCCUGCACUUGACUCCUUUGCUGAUGACAUAAAUAAAAGCUCUAUGUCAAAGUUGGAAGAGUUGAUUUCUCUUCAGCAACAAUCAGUUGAAAAUGCUGCUAAAAUUGAAGCAAAAAGAAAUCGUCUUGCUGCACUUCAAUCCCGUAGUGAUGAAGUGGAAGCUCAAUUAAAUUUUUUGAAGAAGGAAACGCAAAACUACACCUCCAGAUGUGCAAUGGAAGCUAAGAAGUUGGUGGAGGAUGUUGAGAUAGAAACCCAUAAUGUAGAUAUUGUGGAAAGAGAAGUGGCAGAUGUUCUGGAGACGUCCAAAUUGAAGUUGCAGGAAGCAAUCAAGCAAAAUGAGGAAGAAAUUCAGAUAUGUGCUUGGGAACUCUAUGCUUUGGUUGAUUCAGUUUCGAAAUACAAAGAGCACAUGGCAUCAAAAAUUUCAGAGAUGAAGAGCAACCUUUCAGAAACAGCAGGAGCUGUAUCAGAUUCUUACAAAGGCUCCUUGUCAGCACAGUUUGGUAUCACUUUGGAUACAAGCCACUGACCCAAUAGAUUAUUCCUUUCUGCGACACAAGUUCUUUUUCUUUUUCCUUUUCUUUUAGGGUAAUGGACUGAUUUGUAUUGUAUGUAUACUUGUCUUAAAUAUUUGGUACUAGCAACUUGCCCUAUGGUAACAAUGUGGCUUGGGUUGAGAAUGGUAUAAAGAUGAGCCUAGGAUUGACAA